CUGAACCAUGGAAGGCGGGUUCUCAGAUGGCAGGCUGACCGGUUUGGAUACUGGCAGGAUGGUACUGGUUGUAAAGAAUUUUCGCCUUUUCCUGGUUUUAGUUACCGGAGCACUGUAAAUGGAGCAGCUGAAGACAGAGAAGAGCUGGGAGGAUGGAACAGAGGAGGGAGCAGUUGCUACAGAGGACUUCUUUACAGGGUUAAAAGGCAGGAUAGGUGCAGCGAGUGGGAGCAGAGGACGGAUAUGUGGUAGUUAGCAGAGUAUACUGGGCCGUCACUGGGGGUGCUGUCGGGGAUGCAGGAAGAGUGCCUUGAGCGGAGGAAUGACGUUGUAAGCUGACUGAGGCUGGGUGCAACAAGUCUGACCAUGUCUGCAGUAUGGGUUGAAC